CAAAGAUGCAACACAAAGGGGCCACUGUUACAGCUUGAGCACGAUGGAAGAAGACUUUGGUGAAAUUCCGGAUUUCGAUUCUUUGGCCGCGACUGACGGUACAAUACCGGCGCCCGCACCCCAAGUGCCUCCCGCAAAGCCUCCCGUCCAGUCGAACAGAAUCCAACAGCCAAAGCCACAAGUUAUAGCUAAUCGCAGCGCUCGUUCCGCCAUCCUUGUUUCCGCACGGCAGAAAGGAAAUCCAAUUCUGAAUCAUGUGCGCCUUCUACCUUGGGAAUAUGCCGAUAUCCCGGCGGAUUACGUCCUUGGGGCGACGACUUGUGCGCUUUUCCUCUCGCUAAAAUAUCACCGUCUACACCCUGAAUAUGUCUAUUCCCGGAUAAAGCUAUUAGGUGGAAAAUAUGAUUUACGUAUUUUAUUGAUUAUGGUGGACGUACCAAACCAUGAGGAUAGUUUGAAAGAGCUAUCUAAAGCCUCCGUUGUGAAUAACCUGACUCUCAUUUUAUGCUGGUCUGCAGCGGAAGCUGGCCACUACCUGGAGCUAUUUAAAUCGUCGGAGAAUGCACCACCAACUGCAAUACGAUCUCAACAGCCACAUUCGUACAAAGAUAGCUUGGUGGAAUUUAUUACCACCCCAAAGCGCAUCAAUAAGUCGGAUGCUGCUAGUUUGAUUUCUACAUUUGGAAGCUUGCGAGCAGCGAUCAAUGCCCAGCCAGAACAGAUAAACUCGGUCCCUGGCUGGGGAGAGAAAAAGGUUAGUCAGUGGACAAAUGCCGUGAAGGAAGACUUUAGAACACGAGCGGUGACAACGAAAACGGCUGCUUCCAGAAUAAGUGUUGGCGCGGAAGACGCCAAAACGCAAACUCGAGCUGGUGCCGAACCAGGGUACAUGAGUGAGCUUUUCAACAAAGCAGUCGAGCAAGAACGGAUCAAUGCCCAUUCAAACACCAGAAAAGAUAUACGUGAGCCAUCACUUGUGAUAGGAUCGGGCGAGAGUGUCGCCUGUACAACUGAUACUAGCAAUCGAUGCACAAAAGAAAUUGAAAAUGGACAAGAGGAAAUUAACGAUGGCAUCAUGGCCGCGCUGGCAAGGUUAAGGAAGGGAAAAUGAAAUUUGCUGAGAAUACAUCGAACAACACAGAGAAGGAAUUGUUUUUGAUACCCAAGUGGAGGUCGCCUAAUGUGUAGCUCAAAGAAUGAUGGCUCGGGUGGAAAUCCAUGAAGAUGAUGUGCUUUUGCUCCACAGACAAAGGCAUUUAAAGGAGCUACACCAUUAACUCUAUAGAUAUAUAGAGGCCUGAUUGACCCCAACAUGGAUUGUAAGGGGAUUCAUCCUGCAAUUGUUCACAUAUCCCACAGUUCAACCCCUGGGUUGUGUAUGGUGACAUACACCAUAAUUACCUCACAGAAUAAUGUGAAGAACAUUUUUGCACUAAUUUUGA